UCACGGGUGAAAAUAGGCAACCUUUGCCUAUAGGUGAAACCUAGCUGGUCCUUGUGGAGUGAAUGAGGGGACGAAGUCUCCGCCCUUCUGAAAUUUUGAUAAGAUCUCUUCCGUGGUGUAAAAGUCGUGGAGAGCGAGAAAUCGUUUCUGUGUGUGUGUGUCUUAUUAUAAUCUUUUUUGUAUUACUGAUAACCAUGGGGCAGUCCCGAUCCACCCCUCUGUCAUUAACAUUGGCACAUUGGGCAAAAGUAAAAGCACGAGGGCAAAACCUGUCUCUUAUUAUCAAGAAGGGGGAUUGGCAAAAUUAUUGCGAAAGUGAAUGGCCAACCUUUAAAGUAGGAUGGCCACGGUCAGGUACCUUUGACAUCCAUACCAUACGGGCAGUCCGAAUGACUAUUUUCGCCUCAAUAGGAGGCCAUCCUGACCAAGAACCGUAUAUCACAGUAUGGGAAGACUUGGUGAUAUAUCCGCCGGACUGGGUCCGACCAUUUCUUCCAAAUGAUAAAAUAAGAGUCCUAGCCCCAUCCUACUCAUACUUUAGACGGGGCGUACCUGUGACAACCAGGACUCUGGCUCUCACAGGAGUAGAAGAAGGGGUGACCAAUAAUGGAGGAGAUUAUGAAAAAUUGAAAGAACCAAGCCCUAAGACCAAGGUAUAUCCAGAGGUCGAAGGACCCCCUGAAUGGACUCCACCUGUAUCCACAUCUAUACCCACCGCCCCCCCAACUGGACCCCGGUCCCCAGACGAGGGAGUACCUGUGCCAUAUAACCCGGGGGGUUGGGAAGAAGGACCCUAUACCGGUACCAGGAGUAAACGGGGGAUAAUGCCUGAGGGACCAGACUCCACUGUAGCCUUACCACUCCGGGCGGUGGGGCCAGCCCCCACAGAGCCAGAUGAGUUACAACCAUUACAGUACUGGCCCUUUUCGUCCUCCGAUUUGUACAACUGGAAAGCAAAUAACCCUUCUUUUUCUGAGAACUCUGCUGCCCUCAUAGGACUAGUCGAAUCCCUGAUGUACUCCCAUCAGCCCACAUGGGACGACUGCCAGCAGUUACUUCAAACACUUUUCACCACAGAGGAGCGAGAACGAAUCUUCUCGGAGGCACGAAAAACCCUGCAGGAAGGCCAACCAGGCCAACCCCCUCGAACAGGAAUGGAAGUGGAGGCGUUGUUCCCAGUAGCGCGGCUGCAAUGGGACUAUAAUACAGCAGCAGGUAGGGAACGACUGUCCAUAUACCGCCGGGCUCUGGUAGCAGGACUAAGAGGGGCAGCCAGGAAACCUACCAAUCUGGCAAAGGUGAGAGAAAUUAUGCAGGGGCCUAAUGAACCACCCUCGGUGUUCCUAGAACGUAUCAUGGAGGCCUAUCGUAUUUAUACCCCAUUUGAUCCCGAAUCUAGGGGACAACGGGCCUCCGUUAUCAUGUCCUUCAUUGGACAAGCUGCACCAGAUAUAAAACGAAAACUGCAGCAUAUCGAGGGAUUGCAGGAUUACACCCUGCAAGAUAUUGUUAAAGAGGCUGAGAAAGUGUUCCAUAAAAGGGAAACCGAGGAAGAAAAGUGGGAGAGGGAAAAGAAUGAGAGAGAGAAGGAAGAAAUACGAAGACAAAAGAGACAGGAUAAGAAUUUAACAAGAAUACUUACUACAGUAAUGGCCGAGGGGAAACGCCAAGGGGAAAGACAGGCGAAAGGAGGAAGGGACCUGGACGACAAUGACAGGAAUAAGGGACCCAGAAGACUGGGAAAAGAUCAAUGUGCGUUCUGCAAGGAACAUGGGCAUUGGGCCCGUGAAUGCCCUAAGAAAAAGGGAAAGAGAGUACUAACCCUGGAGGAAGAUGAAGAUUAAUGGGGUCAGGGCCCGGAACCCCUCCCCGAGCCUAGGAUAACGUUAAAUGUGGAGGGGACCCCAGUAAAUUUUUUGAUUGAUACUGGGGCAGAAUAUUCCGUACUGAAAACCUCAUUAGGGACUGUAACUAACAAACAGACCAUGGUAAUUGGAGCAACAGGUCGAAAAGAAUACCCCUGGACAACUAAUCGAACUAUUGACUUGGGAACUAACCAGGUAUCCCAUUCUUUUUUGUUAAUACCCGAGUGCCCUACCCCCCUCCUCGGACGAGACCUGUUAACAAAAAUGAAGGCUCAGAUAAGCUUUACUUCUGCUGGCCCUGAGAUCGCCCUUGCAGGCAGAAAGCCAAAAACAUGCGUAUUGUCUCUGCACUUGGGGGAGGAAUAUAGACUAUACCAAAACCCCAAGGAGAACCUGGAUAACCUUGAAAAGUGGCUCAAGCAGUAUCCGAAAGCAUGGGCCGAAACUGGGGGCAUGGGGGAAGCGGUGAACAUCCCUCCCAUAGUGAUCAAGCUGCAAUCAAGUGCCACCCCAAUAAGCGUAAAACAAUACCCAUUGUCAAAAGAGGCAGUAGCAGGGAUACGACCUCACAUCGACAAGCUUGUACAACAAGGGAUUCUUGUGCCUUGUAAAUCUCCCUGGAACACACCACUCUUGCCGGUAAAGAAACCUGGGACUGGGGAUUAUCGGCCAGUACAGGACUUGCGGGAAGUCAACAAGAGUCCUUACCUUACAUCCUACGGUACCCAACCCAUAUAA